UGACCGGGCGGCUGAGAUAAGGACCACAUGAAGUUUCCCGCAUUACCUCACCCGAUUAGGAAACAAGCAGAGAGAGACGCAAAGCGAGAGAGAGGGUCCUGCUGGGAGGAACGCUCUGGAUGGACAGGGAUGAACUGAGAGGCAGCAGCCGUGUCUGCAGUUUUCACCAGCUGCCUGAUGGUUUCUGGGUGGAUGUGGGGAUCUUACAGAGGUAAUGUAGUGAGAAGCUGGGGGGUAACUGAACGGAACAACACCAGAGCUACAGAACAAGAAAGAGAUGCGAUGAGUAUUUUCAGCUGUUUCAGUCAGUAGCUUCUUAUGAGAUAUAGAUCAGGCUUUAAAGAUGCGAAGAUGAAAAGAUGACCUCAGGUCAUGUGCUUGUACUUUCAAUGAAUUACUAGACAGUAUGAACUUUACUCACAACAGCCUGCUGCACUCUAAAGCAAACCUCCAUCCAGCCAAUGAAAACAAAGGUGAUUCAAGUUCUCCAGACUUGCAUGGAGUUUGCUGCUGCUCUCCGACAGAAUCCAUGGUGGUCAGUCCUCUGGAGGGUCUCAUGUCAGUGACUGUGAACCAGCAGCUGGUGUCCAGCUUCCCAGCACAGCAUCAGAGCCCUGCUGCACCCGACCACCCAGCAUCCCUGCAUGGACACAGGGAGAGUACACACCGCAGCUGGGACCUCAGGAAGUGGGAGCAGGCUGCGUGCGGGUCCAGGUCAAGCUCUGCUCCUGCUUGUGGCUCUGUGGUCCAGAGCAGACCCAUGAGGAGUCAGCACUCCCCAGAAAAUGCAGCGCGAGAGAGGAGUCGAGUGCGCAACUUGCGGCAGGCCUUCCACAGUCUGCAGGCAGCUCUGCCUUCAGUUCCACCUGACACCAAGCUCUCCAAGCUGGAUGUCCUGGUCCUGGCUACAAACUACAUAGCAUACCUGACAGAGACGUUGGACCAGGAUGGGACGGGGGCAGAGCACGCUGUGCCCUCCAGGCCGGAUGGAUACCUGCAUCCUGUUAAAAAGUGGCCAAUGCGCUCCCUGCUCUACUGUGGCACUGUUGGAGAUCUACUGUCAGCCAAUCAGAGGCCUCGGCUUGGCCGUGAUGCGACUCGCCCUAUGACACCAGACGAACAGUGAUGGCCCAUCUUUAGACUACUUGAUCAAUCCUGUCUACAGUCUUCAGCAGCCAUAAAGGCAGCUACAGAGGGAACAAGGAAAAACUCAAGUGUUUAAAAAACACACGUGCUUUUUAAUAAUCAUUUUACUCAGCUAUCCUUUCAGAACUUGCACUAAAUCUAGUUAUAUGUCCUGACUGAAGAGAACACAAUUGUUCUGACUGCCUGUGUGCAGAUUUUCUCUACAGCACCUUGCACAACUAUUCAGACUUACUCAACAUUUUUACAUUAUGUCACGUUACAAAAUAAUUUCUUUGUAUUUUAUUAGAUAUGAUGUGAUUUUAUGUAUGCCUUCUUGUUAUUUGUAAUAAAAUUGAAAACCAUUUUGUUUGUGUUAGUCUGUCACAUAAAAUCCCAGUAAAAUGCUGCAAGGUUUGUGGUUGUAAUGUCACUGAAUAUGGAAAAAAUUUAAUGGGUAUCAAUAUUUUGCAGAGUGCUGUGCUAUAGCUAAAAAAAAACAAAAGCAUGCACGUGCACAAACACACACACAUACACACACUACGACAAGAUUUAAAUUUACACUUGCUGCAAAGUUUUCUUCUCAAGGAAUUACCACCAGACUGUCAGGAAGGGGUUUGAUUUGAGGAAAUAAGUCUGAAACACUUGACUAAUUAUGCUACAAAUCACAUGAAGGAACGGUGUGUAACCAGUUAUCCUGAUUUAAAGUCUUUUCACAUUAUUUUUCACAGUAUGCAAGCAUGUAGUCAUCUGUGUGCUUUUUUUUUAAUGAAAUAAAAUGUAUGUUUGCCAAG